AUGACUACCUCUCUGCAAAGCCUCGGGCCGGCGCUGCUGCUCUCCUGGACCGUGUUGCUGAUCAGCACUGCGGCUGCUUCCCAGAAUCAAGAACGGUUAUGUGCAUUUAAAGAUCCAUAUCAGCAAGAUCCAGGGAUUGGUGAGAGUCGUAUAUCCCAUGAAAAUGGCACAGUUUUAUGUUCAAAGGGUAGCACCUGUUAUGGACUUUGGGAAAAAUCCAAAGGGGACAUAAAUCUCGUGAAACAAGGAUGUUGGUCUCACAUUGGAGACCCUGAAGAGUGUCACUUUGAAGAAUGUGUUGUAACAACCACUCCUCCCUCAAUUCAGAAUGGAACAUACCGUUUCUGUUGUUGCAGAACAGACUUAUGUAAUGUCAACUUCACUGAGAACUUUCCACCUCCUGACACCACACCUUUGAGUCCUCCUCAUUCAUUUCACCGAGAUGAAACAAUAGUAAUUGCCUUUGCAUCGGUCUCUGUGUUAGCUGUUUUGAUAGCUGCCCUCUUCUUUGGAUAUAGGAUGCUGGCAGGGGAUCGUAAGCAAGGUCUUCACAGUAUGAACAUGAUGGAAGCAGCAGCCUCUGAGCCCUCUCUGGACCUAGAUAAUCUAAAACUUCUGGAGCUGAUUGGUCGAGGACGAUAUGGAGCAGUGUAUAAAGGUUCCUUGGAUGAGCGUCCAGUAGCUGUAAAAGUUUUUUCUUUUGCCAAUCGUCAAAACUUUAUCAAUGAGAGGAACAUUUAUCGCAUUCCUCUUAUGGACCACGAUAACAUUGCUCGCUUCAUUGUUGGAGAUGAAAGAUUCACUGCUGAUGCACGAAUGGAGUAUUUGUUGGUGAUGGAAUAUUACCCCAAUGGCUCUUUGUGCAAGUAUUUGAGUCUUCAUACCAGUGAUUGGGUAAGCUCUUGUCGUUUGGCACAUUCUGUUACCAGAGGCCUGGCAUACCUUCACACAGAAUUACCAAGAGGAGAUCAUUACAAACCUGCAAUUUCCCAUCGAGACUUAAACAGCCGAAAUGUUCUUGUAAAAAAUGAUGGAACCUGUGUUAUUAGUGACUUUGGAUUGUCCAUGAGGCUAACUGGAAAUAGACUUGUCCGCCCUGGAGAAGAGGAUAAUGCAGCAAUAAGUGAGGUUGGUACAAUCCGAUAUAUGGCACCAGAAGUGCUAGAAGGAGCAGUGAACCUGAGGGACUGUGAAUCCGCUCUAAAACAAGUAGACAUGUAUGCACUUGGCCUAAUCUACUGGGAAAUAUUUAUGAGAUGUACCGAUCUCUUUCCAGCAGGUGAGUCUGUGCCAGAGUACCAGAUGGCCUUCCAGACAGAAGUAGGGAACCGCCCCACUUUUGAAGACAUGCAAGUCCUGGUGUCUAGGGAAAAGCAGAGGCCCAGAUUCCCAGAAGCCUGGAAGGAAAACAGCCUGGCUGUAAGAUCACUAAAGGAGACAAUCGAGGACUGUUGGGACCAGGAUGCAGAGGCUAGGCUAACUGCUCAGUGUGCUGAGGAGAGGAUGGCUGAACUCAUGAUGAUUUGGGAAAGGAACAAAUCAGUCAGUCCAACAGUCAAUCCAAUGUCUACUGCUAUGCAGAAUGAACGCAACCUAUCACACAACAGGCGUGUGCCAAAGAUUGGCCCUUAUCCAGAUUAUUCUUCUUCUUCAUACAUAGAAGACUCCAUUCACCACCCUGACAGCAUCGUGAAGAACAUUUCCUUGGAACACUCAGUGUCCAGCAGCACGCCUUUAACUGGAGGUGAAAAGAACCGAAAUUCAAUUAACUAUGAGCGACAGCAAGCACAGGCUCGGAUUCCCAGUCCUGAAACCAGCGUCACCAGCCUGUCCACGAACACCACCACCACAAACACCACCGGCCUUACUCCUAGCACCGGCAUGACCACCAUCUCGGAGAUGCCCUACUCAGAUGAAACAAGUCUCCACACCACGAAUGUGACUCAGCCAGUUGGGCCAACCCCUGUCUGCCUACAGCUAACCGAAGAAGACUUGGAGACCAACAAGUUGGACCCAAAAGAAGUUGAUAAAAAUCUGAAGGAGAGCUCUGAUGAGAACCUAAUGGAGCACUCCCUUAAACAGUUCAGUGGACCAGACCCCCUGAGCAGCACCAGCUCCAGCUUGCUUUACCCACUGAUAAAACUUGCAGUGGAAGUAACCGGACAGCAGGACUUCACACAGACUGGUAAUGGUCAGGUGUGUUUAAUUCCUGACGUCCCACCUGCUCAGGUCUAUCCUCUCCCCAAGCAACAAAACCUUCCGAAGAGACCUACUAGCCUACCCUUGAACACCAAAAACUCCACAAAAGAACCCCGGCUGAAAUUUGGCAGCAAGCACAAAUCAAACUUGAAGCAAGUGGAAACUGGAGUUGCCAAGAUGAAUACAAUCAAUGCUGCAGAACCUCAUGUAGUGACAGUCACCAUGAAUGGAGUGGCAGGCAGAAGCCACAACGUGAACUCACAUGUUGCUACAGCCCCAUAUGCCAAUGGUGUAGUGCCAUCUGGUCAGGCACCCAACUCAGUGGCACACAGGGCCCAGGAAAUACUACAGAAUCAGUUCAGUGGCGAGGACAGCCGUCUGACUAUCAACUCCAGCCCUGAUGAACACGAGCCUCUCCUGAGACGGGAGCAGCAGGCUGGCCAUGAUGAAGGCGUCCUGGAUCGUCUGGUGGACAGGAGAGAUCGCCCUCUGGAAGGUGGUCGGACAAACUCCAAUAACAACAACAGUAAUCCGUGUCCUGGCCAAGAGGUUCUUAAUGUUGGCCUUCAGAGCUCAGGCACAGAUCCUGGGCAGUCAAAGCCCAGAAGGGCACAGAGGCCUAAUUCUUUGGACCUGUCAGCCACUAGUGCUCUGGACAGCAGUAGUAUACAGUUAGGUGAGUCAUCACAAGAUGGCAAGCCAGGAUCAGGUGAAAAGAUCAAGAAACGUGUGAAAACCCCCUAUUCCCUUAAGCGGUGGCGCCCUUCCACCUGGGUCAUCUCCACGGAACCACUGGACUGUGAGGUCAACAACAACGGUAGUGACAGGGCUGCUCAUUCCAAAUCUAGCACUGCUGUUUACCUUGCAGAAGGGGGCACUGCCACAACCAGGGUGUCUCAAGAUACAGGAAUGAACUGUCUGUGAAAUGUCUCACAAGCCUACCCAGAAAAGGACUUUUUUUUUCAUCAUUUAAAACAAACAUGCAGAAGACAUUAAAAAGAAAACAAAAACGUUAUCCUCCUGUCAGCUCCCCCUACCAAGAACUUGCUUUAAAUAGAUUUCAGCUAUGCAGAAAUUUUUUAGCUUAUGCUUCCAUAUUUUUUAAGUUUGUUUUUUUAUGUUUUUGCACUUUUAUUUAGUCUCACUAAAGUUAAGUCUGUCUGUUAUGACCACAGAAUUCUAUAUAUGCGUAUCAAGAAGAGGUGGUCUCAAAAUAUUUUUUUUUAAUGUAUUUCUGAUAAUCAGUUUGGACCAUUUUCUAAAAGGUCACUAAAAUCAGAAGCAGACUCUAAGACAGGUUUGACUGCAGUGGUGUCUUGUAUCCAUGUUUGAUUUCUGUGCACAAGCUAGUCUGUAUGUUUAUCCAUUCCUGAGUGUAUCUUUUGAACAUCCCUCUUGUGUUCUGUUGGAAUGUGCAAUAGUCUGAAGGCCGCAGGAUACCCCGUAUUUCUGGCACGGACACAGGUGUGUCCUCCCACACGGUUGAUACUGGUUAAUUUCUUCCGCAUCAGUUGGGCUGAUCAGAUUGUGUGACAGUGAACUUUGCAUGUUACAGCCAGCCUGAAACUGCUACCUUGUCUCAUUUUUUUCUCUAAGGUUAUUACGGAGAGUGCAAAAACCUUGCCUCAAAGGGCUCUAAAGAGGGAACCACAAAACUUAAUUUAAAAUGCAAUUCUUUUUAACCUUCCAAAUCUGAAUACAUUUCCUUCCAAGCAUUUUAAGAAACCAUAAUUAGAGUAUUAAUUUUGAAAGUUCUUAAAAUAGAGCAUUGAACAAAAACAUAAGAAAACACAAAUGUCAGCCAUUUUUCCACUUUAUUUUCCUAUUUGUAUCUGUACUCUUUCCAUAUUCAGUCAUGUUAGUAAUGUGUUAUGUAAGGAGUACAUUUUUACCAGAAAGCAUGAAGAGCUAACACUGUGAUGUAAUUUUUAAGUAGGUAGCUUGUUCUCUCAUCCCUUCAUUGAGCAGUCUGACCUAAAAGAGGUUCUAUUUCCUGGUUUAAAAAUGGAUUUUAAAAGUAAUUUUUAGUUACGGACCUGUAGUGUCUUGUGUAGUUAGUUCCCAAACAAAGCCGCAUGGCUUCAUCAGAAAAUGAUUCAUCUUCCUAAGACCUAAAGCACUGUGUGGAAAAAUUAUUCCGUCAGCAUGCCAAAUGCCUGUGGCAGGAAGGAUUGCUGCCACACCUGCCUGUCUUAAGCUGAUUGAGGCCGAACUUCUCUCCUUUCAAGUCAUCUCUUUCUUUGCUUUACCUUUCACAUGUCUCCUCCCCCAUUAAGUACUUUUGCCCACUCUCCAUAUGAACUGCUGAUAUAUAACUAGCAUAUGUGAUGUACUGGAUGCCUUUUUCUGCCAUAGCAUGUCUGUGUCCCAUUCUUUGGGCUCUUCUUAUUUCUGAAGCUUCCCUCACCUCUUUCACUUCUUCUGAAACAUAUCUAAGCAGCCUCAACAUAUGCUUUCUCAGAAAUUAGAGCACCUUCUCUCAAAUGAGGGAUGCCUUUCUUUCUAAGCACAAUUCUUUUGAUAACUCAAUGUGUGUGAACAAUAAUAAUCUAAUACCUUUUAUUUCUCCAAGUGGUCCCAGGGCUUUAUAUACAUUAGCUAAGUGAUUCCCAAAAGGUUGGUUCAGGGAUCUGCCUCCUGAACUGCACUGCCUCAGUUAUGGAACCUUCUCCACAUGCUUCUCCAUUUAGCCAGAGACAGCCAGCCUGACAUCUUGCCUUGCAUGCUCAUUUCCUUCUUACAUAUUCUAGCUGCUAUGAGCUCACGUCCUGGAAAUGGAAUACUUGCACCAUGUUUGGGUUCUUGACAUUGAGCCCUUUGUCUACUUUUUGGCACUGAUGCUUGCAAAAAUGGUACCCCAGGCUUCCUUAUUUUGACAUUUCUCUUUAGUUGGACUUCAUAGACUUUUCUCAAAUUUCUGCUUACAUGUGAUGAACUUGAUUUUUCUAGUGGUAAUCGUCUAUGUAAUGAAACGAUUUGAAAAAAUUUUCCUUUGUUCUUCAGGAUUUAGAUACAUCCCUCAGAGAUGUUUCAGGGAAUUCUUUUAAAUAAUGGAUAAAAUAUUCAAACCUUUAUCCAAUAUGAAGUAUGUUUAAUGGUGAGGAAAGAACAGCUGAGCUCCACCUGAUCCUUCUUUUCCUGCCGUGAUAGGAAUUAGUCCAUAUUCUACCAUGCUUCAUCUGGGGGCUAAUUCUUUGUAAGUUUUCCAACUUUUUAACACUUCGUGCAAUCAAAUGAUGUGAAUAAAGUUUAUAUACCAGAUGAAAAAAACCUUACUACAUUAUUCAUUUAACAAAAGCCUAUUAUAACAGCUGUAUUUUUUUCCCUUUACUUCUCUAGCAGUCUGAUGGAAAAAGGUAGAAAAUGCUUUUUAUGAUAAAGCAUCUUAUCAGUAAAAUAAUUCUGAAAAAUGGUUUUGUUAAAUAGUCAUUAAUUUGUUUCAGACUACUUAAUUGCUUAAAUAUGUUUGUAAUUCUUAGUGAAGCAAUUUCAUUUUAACUGUCUUCAUUGUGGCUCUGCUACUGCUGCAGAGCAGUAGGCUAAAAUAUAUGUUUCCAAAUUCUAAUGUUUAACUGACAUCAAAAACAUUGGACCUUAAAAAGUAGUUUGAUCUUUUUACAAACAAAAAGCCUUAUAAUGAAAAUAAUAGAAUGUAGUUCACUGAACAGUAGUAAAGAAACUUUAAAGAUCUAAUAAUAAGUAACUCAAUUCCAAAAUAGCACCCCUAACUAAAGUUCAACUAGCAUACCAAAAAUCAAUGGUUGAAAGUUUUAGUUUCAUUGUUUUUGGGAAAGGGUUAAUUAUUUAUGAGGAAAAUAAUUUUCCUUUCCUUUUUAAUGGAUGGUUUAUGAGUAGACAGUAGACUGACACUGUAAAUAAGGGAUUGUGCCAAUAUUACAUAAAUAAUGACAAGGAUAUUCUAUAUGCUGCUUGGUUGGAUGAAAUUCAGUCACAGUGGGCAAGCACAAGAUCAGAUUUCCUCAUUGUUUUAGCAGAGUAAAAGCUAAGAGGUGAGCAGGCAUCAAAAGAUAAGGGCAAAUAUGUCCAAAGUUAAUUUUCUCUAUUUGUAAGCUGGAAAAUGUGGCUAAUUUGAGGCCAAAAGAAAAAAAUCAGUCCAUUACAUGCUACCAUGAUUUCUUAAAAAGGUUUCAUUUCCGCGCAUUAAAACUUUACAUUGCAGACUUAAGACAAAAUUAUUUUUAGUAAAGUUGAAAGUGGAUUAUUGGUAUAAAGAGAUUUUUUUUGUAAUGAUUCCAUGUUGAUAUAAAAACUUGUGUUUUUUGUUAGUAUGUUUAAUGAGCUCAAUUCUAUCAAACAUUUGUUUCCAUUCCAUUCCAAAACAAUCUCCUUUUAGGGUAAGAAAACACAAUUUUGUCAUUUUGGAAAACAAUAUUGAGACAAAGAAUGGGCAUAGUAUAUAGGAAGGCUACAAGGAAAAGCUUUGUGUGGCAAGUGGGUUUUGUAAAGCUGAUUCCUUUCUGUUCAUCUACUUGCUCUAUAAAACUCCAAUUGAUCCUGAAGGCAUCAAGAAUUGAUAUAGGAAACAUUUGAUUAAUAUAUGUAAGCAUGUGCAUAUACAUGAGUGGGAGUGAUCUUAAAAUGGAACAAGAAGUAUUAUUUUUAAAUUUUUCCAAAUUUACUCUUAUAGAAUGCUAAUUUAUGGCUUAAUAGACUUAAGAGCUAUAUGAUAUUUCUAGCUAGAAUGAAAACACAAGAAUCAUUUUGGAAUGGACCAUACUUAAGAUCCCAGUCUUGCGCUAUGUGAAUUUUAGCCAAAACUACCUUGAAUGUCCCCUUUGUGGAUAUGCUUGAUAAAGAAGUAAAACUGGUAAAUCACUGGUUGAGGUACUUAUCUGAAAGAACCAAAACAGGGCUGUUAAGCAGAUAUUCAAAAUUAAGCAAAUACAUAAAAUAAAAAAUUAGGAAAUGAUAGGACUGGGAGGGCCAGGCCAAGAUGGCAAAUUAGAAGCAACCUAGCUGACCCAACAUUCCCUUCCAAACAAUUUUAAAAUAACACCUCAAAUCAAAUUUUGGAAUGGCAGAGCCAACAAGAGAUCAAGGUGAGAAAUUUUUCCAACCUAAGAAAACUUAAAAGGUUGGCAGGAGAAGUUUGUGACACCACGGUGGAAGCCUGUCAAGAGCCCACACACAUUGUUGCAAUAACAGUGGCUACAGCAGCAGCAGCAGCAGCUUCAGGAACCCUCAGCCCACAAAAGGGUAAAGGGGUCGAACAAUUGGUCAGGGGGACCCUUUGCUGACCCUGGGUACAGUUGGCACCGAUUGGCAGUUCUACUACCCAUAAGCAGUUCUGGGUCACAGUUCAAGUGAGGAGAGGGGUUACAAGGGAGCAGGAACCCUGGUCACAAUACCAGCACAAAGAGAGCACAUUAGCAUUUGUGGCUGCAGGGGAACAGGAGCCCUUCCUGGGUAGAGCAUAGAGCAGGAGAGCAAUGACCAUAGCUCUCUCUGAAUCACAUCACAUUGGAAGCACCAUGAAUUUGCAGACCCCCAGAAAUAUUUCUGAAAAUGGCAGCUUGAAAAAGCCUGAAAUUUGGGACAGUCCUCCUCAUUCCCCUACCUCCCCCCCCCCCAGUGAGUGGAGCCCAAUUUUAACAUAAAGUUCAAA